AGAAUAAUCAAAUGAUGAAUAUGCCAAGAUUGGAAGCAAGGGAGUCUCAGAAUUCAACGAAUUCCUUGAAUUCUGAGGAUUCAUCCAGCUCAAUGACUUAUCAUUUUCUGAGGCCAAUGCCCAUCCCUGAUAGCGAUAGUGAAGAGCUUAGUAGAUCUGAACAUAGUGAUACUAGUAGUGAGAAUGAGUGGCUGGUGGAUUCUCCUGUAAGAGGCAAAACAAUCAAAUCUUUCUGUAUCCAACCUCAUGGGGGAGAUACCUUGAUCAGAGGUGAAUCAAUGAUAUUAGAGAUCGAUACUGGUGAAGUGAAUGUUCUCAGUUGUACAAUCUGAUACAGCAAGAGGUUUGAAGGUAUUUAUAUAUGCAGGUUCUGAUCAAGCCAAGCCUGCAAGACUUGAUGGGAUCAUAUAUGUAAAACUAAUAGAAAGUGUCCCUUUUGAAGACAUAAAAUUCACCCAAAAAAUCUGAUCAGAAACAGACUGAGUGAUGAAAUCCACAACAAUCAAAAUAUAGACAAGCAAAAUAAUACUCUUGAUAAAACAUGAAUAUUUCACAGUGAAUAUGGAUCUUUCUUUUGUGAAACCUGAUUUACCUUUGUCUGAUUAAGCUGAAUUAGAGAUGGGGCUCACACAGAUCAUGAUCUCUGAGACAUUGACAAAAGAUAUGAACUUAAGCAGCAUUUACAGAAAAUUCAUUCAAUGAGAAAGAAUAUUUCUAAUGCUUCUGCUACACUAAAUUUAGCCAUAAAGACCCAUCAUAAAUACUUCAAUUAUCAAAAUGAUGAGUUCUCCAAGGUCGCUAAAUCUUUGAAAAAGACUGUCAUUUCCAAAAUAGAUGGUUGUUUGAAGAAAUACAUGGCUAGCAAUUUGGAACACCAGAAAUCAUUAUGAAGAGCCAGGAAAGAUCUUGCUAUCCUUGAAAAAGCUAAGCAAAAAUUCAUUUAUGGCUCUUGUGAAAUGCGAUCAGCAGAAGAUUUGAAAGAUAGAAUCUUAGAAUAUCUUGAUCAAAAAGGAUCAACUAAGCUAGCUCAAAUCCUUCGAGAAAAACAAGAUUACUCUCCAUGCCUAAAAGAUCUUGAAGAUGCUUAUAAUCUGAACCAAGAAGACAAGAAACAUGAGAACUUCUUGUUAAAAUUCAAUAAAAGUCUCAGUGACAUACUUAUCAAUGCCUUAUAAAAUUAAGGAGUUUUCA